CACGAUUACGGAGGCGGAACCCGAGGUAAAAAUUAUUCAAAUUUCGAGGACAAAAGUGUGUACACAACAUCUUUACAGGAGCUCGCUUAACAGCUUUGUCACUGUUAAAAGCAAGUUGAGUUCAAACAGGCACCCUUACUUUACAGAUGCAAGAUUGUUUUUAUAAAUCAUGGCAGAAAUCAAUUUGAAAACAGAACAGGAAGUUCUUCAGGCUUUUAGGGUUCUACGACUGAAAGCUAAAAGCCUUGGAAUCAAGGAUUCUUCUCUGAUCCAAGUGAAAUCUGUAAAAAAUUUAAAGAGGAAAACCUCUUGGAGGUACAUCGGUACAUUUCUCGUUGGUUUCAUCGCUGUUGUUAUCGGAUUUGGCGUCUAUGCCUUCAAAAGUAACACACUCACACAGAGAGCAUUAGUCGAGUUUGUGGCUGACAAAAUCAUUGAAACAGAUCUUAAUAAAGACAACUGUUUAAUUCCUAUGCCAGAGUUCGUUCUGGACCUAUUUCGGCCUCCAGUGGACUGCAAUAUCUGUAAAAACAUCAGUAAAGUAGACCGAGUUAAAGCAAUUACCCGAGAGGAGUUCUUAGAGAAGUACGCUUAUACAAGCCGUCCUGUUGUCAUUGAAGAUGGCACGCAAAACUGGACUGCUCAAAAACACUUCAGUUUUGACUUUUUCAAAACGAUCUACAGCCCAGACAGCCCUGUUUUAAAGAACCAAGACUCGCAAUGCCAGUUUUUUCCUUACAACACGAAAUUUCAAUCUCUUGAAGAAGUUUUUGAAAUGCCUGAAAAAGACGCAAAGAUGGAAGGCAAGAAAUGGUACAUUGGUUGGAGCAACUGUGAUUCUGGAGCUGCUAACGAAUUGAGAAAAUAUUACAAGAGGCCAUACUUUCUCCCUGAGAUUUCAGAAUCAAGUAAAACAGAUUGGAUUUUCAUGGGCUGUCCAGGAAUUGGCGCACACAUGCAUAUUGAUCAAGUGGGGAAUCCAUCCUGGCAAGCGCAGAUCAGUGGCCAAAAAAAGUGGACAUUAGAGCCGCCACCAGAGUGUGCUCAUAUCUGUCAUCCAAAAAUGGAAGUGGUCGUACAUCCAGGGGAGAUAAUUGUUUUAGAUACAAACAGAUGGUUUCACAAGACAGAUAUCCUGGAAGGACAGUUGAGCAUAACUAUUGGCUCCGAGUAUGAUUGAACAUGGUAAAGGAACCAUAUACUAGUUGAAUGACAUAACUUUGGCGUAACAUUUUCCCAUAUCAGAUCAUGAGUCAUUCCCUUGAGUAUUAUUUCUUUCUUUACUGUCAAAUACAUUAUUGAUAUACAAUGUGUUGUAUGUAACAGUUAUUGUGUCAUUCCCUUGAGCAUUAUUUAUUUCUUUACUCACAUUUUGAGAGCCAUGUAGCAAGCAGUUGAGAUGUAAUGUUUUCAUAAGAAUACAAUGAAUCGCACCUAAUGCUAUAGAUAGAAGACAAAUGAACACAAUAGAUUUUUUAAAUGCAUUACAUGAACUGACUUCUAUAUAGGCUCUUCCUAUUCACAUUUACAGUAAUAUGUUUGGGUUGUAACGUGGACAAAGAACAGUCCCUUUUCUCAUUCCGUAAAUACCACUGAA